AUGUCUCUUCAAAACAAUAGUCUACCCUUCGAUGAGUGGCAAUCCAUCCGAAUCAAGACAACAGCUACCAGCCUGUUUGCCCGCUACAAUGGCACCGGCCCAGCUGUUCUAUUGCUGCACGGAUGUCCGCAGCAUUCCUUGAUGUGGCACAAAGUAGGUCCGCUACUUUCUUCAAAGUACACAGUCAUCUGCCCAGAUUUGCCCGGAAUGGGCCAGUCGACGCUCAGCGAGUCCGGAAGAUACACUUCCGCAGCAGCAGCUGAAGCCAUCAUCUCAUUGCUCGAUUUCCUGCAGAUCGAGAAGGUGGCUGUAUUUGGCUACGACAAAGGCGCAUCAGUCGGAUCCGUACUCGCCUGGAAGUACGCCAGUCGCGUUACCUCUCUGAGUGUUGGCGAGUAUGCUCUCCCGGCCUUUGGACACGAGAUCAUCCAGAAUCCAGAGCCGUCGAGGAAUCUAUAUGGGCAUUGGCAUCUCGCCCUGUUCACCAUCCCCGAGGCCGCCGAGUUUCUCAUCCGCGGUCGUGAAAAGGAGUUUCUCAACUGGUACUUCUGGCAUAGUUCGUAUUCAGCAAGCGCUAUUAUAUCGCUGGAGCAUGUCGAGCGCUAUGCAGCAGCGUUGGCAAAGCCGGGAUAUCUGCGUUCCAUGACGGAGUUCCUCAAUGGCAACAUCUGGCGCGAAGUUGAAUACUUCAAGCCGCUGAGAGACGACCCCAUCCGACUCCCCCUGACGGUCCUUUGGGGAGAAGCCAGCCUGGUGCCUGAGGAAGUCAGUCAAGGUCUUUGGGGACCUACAGCAACCUCGGUCAGGACGGUAACUGUGCCAAAGGCAGGGCACUGGCUAGCGGACGAGAACCCCAAGUGGCUGGCAAACUUCAUUGACCAGAAUGUUGCCAGCUCCGCCGUUGAGCCGACCUCUGUCGACCUUGGCUACUUGGAAGAUCGAGUCACGAUGAUGUAG